AUGGAGCCAAAGACUUCAGUGGCACCCCAAGAACGAUGGAAGCAGCAACGACAACGAAAACUAUCCAGAGUGGAAAGAGUGCUUGUUGUCAGUUUCGAAGUUACUGCUGAUGGCGACUCUAAUCGUCUGGCAACGAAGAUUACGGCCAAUCGUGGCACGAUUCCUGACGAGGUCAAGGCCACAACGGCCAACCCCGACAACAAACUUAAAGGUGACGUGUUACUCCAUGACAUCAUCUCUGACAUGACUCUGGACGACAUCCAAGUUCUGUUCGAGAUCCGCGAAUCGCUCACAUCUCUGCCAGCUGCUCACACCGCACUCGACAUGUCGCCAACACUAUUGAUAGUCUUCUACGUCACGCUGCUAUUCGCGCAGCUCUGGGACCCACCCUUGGACUUGGAUGUGGGAUUCAGCAUUUGUUUUCUGUUGGCGCAUGUGAUGUGA